AUGAUCCUGGAGGUGCCAUGCCGUCUGUGGAUCGCGUUAGCCAUCAUUUUAUUAUACGGUGUUUUUCGCUCUGGUUCAAAUAUCGCAAAACUCAAGACGAUUCCCGGACCGUGGCUAUACGCCACUACGAGGUUUAGACUAGCUGUGGAUGCAUGGCAAGCACGGUCAGUCCAGGCUAUUCUCAGCCUUCACAGACAAUAUGGACCGGUGGUUCGCAUCGGGCCCAACGAGGUUUCAUUCAACAGCUUGUCUGCCCUGAAGGCCAUUUAUGGCGCCGGAAGCGUGUUUGAACGAACAGACUUUUACCGCAUGUUCGACGUCUAUGGCCGGCCCAACCUUUUCACGUUUGGGUCCGGAAAGCUGCACCGGGAUCGGAAGAAAUUGAUCAGCCACAUCUAUGCGAACCAAACCGUGCUGGGGCCAGAUUUCGGGCCCUUGGUGCAGAACAAAGUGACCGGUUUCCUCUCCCUUCUUGAGCAAGAGCCGGAGCAUGCGAGCGAGAUCUUUGGAAGCCUGCAUUACUUCUCCCUGGAUGCGAUUUCUGAAUUUGUAUAUGGACCAGAUUAUGGAGGGACAAAGGCAUUGUCUGGCUGCAAGCAAUCCCGGGAAUUGAUACAAGACAUCCUUAAUCCGGCUCGGAGACGCUUGGCAUGGUACACGGUGCACUUUCCUGCCUAUACCAAGUGGAUUACCACGCGCUCCGGAUUGCUGGAGAGGUGUAUCACAUCUCUUGGGCUGAUGCCCAUGCGCAAGCCCUACACAUAUUCCGGCAUUCGCCAACAUGCUCUGAGGGCUUUCCAUAGCUUCAGAAAUGCUCCUGCAUUGGACCGUGUAAAUGCCGCCGAUAACACGGUCAUCGGCCGUCUGCUCAAAGUGCAGGAGAUGGCCAACAUGACGGAUAUGGACAUUGCUUCAGAAUGCGCUGACCACCUCCUAGCCGGCAUCGACACCACAGCUGAUUCCUUGAUGUUCAUGAUUUGGGCAUUGUCGCUACCUCAGCAUCAGGAAUACCAGGAAAGGCUGAGGAGAGAGCUCUCAAGAAUCUCCGUGGACGCUAGUGGGUUCCCUAUUCCGAAGGAGUUGACCCAGCUACCCUACUUGAACGCGGUUGUUCGAGAGUGUUUGCGUCUGUAUUCACCUUUGCCCACCUUUGAGCCUCGCUCGUCAACAGUCGACACUGUCAUUGACGGCUAUGAGAUUCCCGCCGGCACUAUCGCUGGUGCGUCUCCCUUCUGCCUUCACCGGGAUGAGGGCGUCUUUCCCUCCCCGUUGAGCUUCAGGCCGGAGAGAUGGCUGACAUCUUCUGGAACCCUUGUCCCUGAAUCGGAUCUCCGGAAUCGAUAUUUCUGGGCCUUCUCAAGUGGUGCACGCAUGUGUAUCGGAGUGCACCUGGCCAACGCAGAAAUGUUCACACUGAUUGCUGCAUUGUAUCGGAGGUACAAGACGUCGGCACGUCACCCAGACACGUCGCCAGGUAUCACAAGCAGGUUUGAGGUAUUCAGUGAUGAAACUAUGCCGAAGAUGGUUGAGCACGAAUGUUGGAUUGACUUUGUCAAGCUGACUGAGAGCAAUUGA